UCUUAUUCUGUCACAUUUGCAAUUUCGCUUGGUAUAAAUUACAUUUGGUUUGUGUUACUUUCACAGAUAGUUAGAAGAGAGGGUCUUGUUCUAUUAUGGCAUGAAGAAAUGCUUCCAAUCUUUGGUUACUCUAUCCAGCAAGGGUCCAAUACAAGCUGAGUUGGUUUCAAUGAUGCUGCGGUGGCUUUCUGAGGACAUUACAGUUCACAACGAGGACUUAGAAGGUGACCGCCGAAGGCUACUUUUGCGCUGGGUAACUCAAUCAUUGCCAGAAACUUUGCCUCUAUUACACACUUUACUAGAAAAACACUGUACAGCUGCACUAAGUGAAGCCAGUAGAAAACAGAUCGACGUUGCCAAAUUGCAUGCUGCUGCAGUAACAGCUACUUUAAAUGCAGUAAUUGCAUAUGCUGAGUGGGCUCCAUUGACUGAUCUUGCGAAGUCUGGUAUCAUUAAUCUUUGUGGUUUCCUACUAUCUGCUCCAGAAUUUCGUCUUCAUGCUUCUGAGUUUUUCAAACUUGUUUCAUCAAGGAAGAGAUCUGUUGAUGCAUCUGCUUCUGAAAUUGACCAAGUUAUGAGGGACAUCUUUCAAAUAUUAAUGAAUAUAUCUAGAGAGUUUUUGCACAAAUCUGGUUCAGGUCUCGGCUCCAUGGAUGAGAGUGAAUACGAUUUUUCUGAAUGCAUAUGUGAAAGUAUGGUGUCACUGGGUUCCUUUAACUUGCAAAGUAUUGCCGGAGAUAGUGCCGUAUUUUCACUCUACCUAGAACAGAUGCUAGGUUUUUUCAAAAACUACAAGUUUGCAAUUCAUUUUCAAUCCCUGCAAUUCUGGCUGGUGCUAAUGAGGGAUUUAACGCCAAAGCCAAGAAGUUCCACUCAUUCAGCCUGUGACAGUCCAUCUGUUAGUUGCUCCGGUUCUGAAAAUGCAAAGAAGAAGGACACUUUCUUCACAUUCUCAAAAGAGAAUACAUCUCUUUUGAGUGAUGAUUUUUGUAGUGCAAUGUUGGAUACAUCUUUCCUUCAUAUUCUCAAAAGAGAGAAAACUCUGCCUGGAACUGCACUUUCUUUAGUGGCACCAGAGUUGUGGAGUGACGAUUUUGAGGACAAGGGUCAAUUCAUCCAGUAUCGUUAUAGUCUGUUGGAGCUGAUUAGAUUUGUUGCUUCGUACAAACCCCUGAUAGCUGCUGCUAAAGUUUCUGAAAAAAUUGAUACAAUAAUCAAGAGUUUCUUGCUUUCACCAUCGCCGUCUCAGGACUUAGCUGCGAUCGAAAGCAUGCCUUUGGCUUUAGAGAAUGUUGUAAAUGCAGUUUUCGGUGGAUCCAACGAUAUGGCCGAGGAGAACGCUGAAGUUCAGUUAGAAUUAUGCAGAACAUUUGAAGGCUUACUCCAACAAUUUAUUUCCUUGAAAUGGACGGAGCCUGCACUUGUGGAAGUACUUGUUCACUAUUUAGAUGCAAUGUGUCUCUUUUUGAAGUAUUCUCCGGAUGCAGCUGGCAGUGUUAUCAAUAAACUAUUUGAACUUCUAACAUCUCUUCCACUUGAAAUUAAGGAGACAUCAACAUCAAGUGCUCGGCAUGCAAGGUUACAUAUCUGUUCAUCAUUUAUUCGGAUAGCAAAAGCUACUGACAAAAGCAUCUUGCCUCAUCUGAAGGUGCAUUUGUUUAAACAUCCGUUAUAUAAUGUACUGGGCUUGUCAAUAACCAUUGGGGAUUCAUUUUUCAAAAACUUGGAUGUGCACUUUGUUGCAGUUGCCCUGAUGGAGAAUAUACAGUCAAUGGAGUUUAGUCAUUUGAGGGAACUUGUUCAUUGCAUUUUGAUUCCGUUGGUUAAAAAUGGUCCUGUCGAUAUGAGGGAGAUUUGGCUGGAAAAGCUUCUGCACCCAUUAUUUGAUCAUGUUCAGCAAGCUCUUAGCUGUUCAUGGUCAAGUCUUCUGCAAGAUGGUAGAGCAAAGGUUCCUGAUACUCAUGGCAUUCUUAGUGGAUCAGACCUGAAAGUACAGGUGAUGGAGGAAACACUUUUGAGGAAUCUAACACGUCAGAUUUGUUCACUCCUCUCUGUGAUUGCUUCUCCUCCCCUAAAUACUGGAAUCCCUUCUUUGGAACAGUCUGGGCAUAUUAUUCCUUUCGACAUGUCUUCUGUGAAAAGCUUGGAUGCAGUUGCAUCAUGCUCUUUGGUUGGGUUCCUGCUGAAGCAUGAAGGUCUUGCCCUUCCAACGUUAAGAAUGUGUUUAGAAGUUUUUAAAUGGACAGAUGGUGAAGCCGUGACAAAGAUUUCUUCUUUUUGCUCUGCGAUGGUAGUUCUUUCAACAGUAACAAACCAUACCAAACUCGUAGAAUACGUUUCUACAGAUCUUUUUACAUCCGUUAUUCAAGGAUUAGAGCUCGAGUUGAAUGCAAUAAUCAGUGCUGAUCUAGUUGAAAUUUGUCGAGAGAUAUUUGUAUAUCUUGGUGAUAGACACCCAGCUCCCAGGAAGGUUUUGCAGUCUCUCCCAUUUAUUACUUCUCGUGAUUUACAUGCCUUCGAGGAAUCUUUGUCGAAAACGUCAAGUCCAAAGGAACAAAGGCAGCACAUGAAAAAUUUGCUUCUGAUGGCAACUGGUAACAAAUUAAAAGCACUUGCAGAACAGAAACGCAGGUUGAAACUUACAGGAGCCCGAGACCCCGACAACUGCUGCUAA